ACCCCAGCUGAAAGGCCACAAACUAGCGGUCCUGCUUUUACGCGCAGCGAGGCACGACACGGCUGCAUAUCACAGGUUUCCUGCCAGCAAUGCCACCAAUCAUUGAAUCCUGUUCGCUCAUCUGUCACCGACAACCGAGCUUUAGCGAGACGCACAUUCCUUAUACCGAGGCUAUAUCUCCUUCCCUUCAGGGGAAGCAGGAGACAGGGUAGACACUACACAAGGCCGCGACGCCUCAUUUUUAAAGCCGCGGUGCACAUUCGCUUUACAACCCUCUCUCGUGUCAGCCGUCGCGUACCGCAACUGAACGCGCCCUGACUCAGCUCCGACAGCCCAGCUUGAGAACCACUCUCCGAAGCGCGCCGAUUUUCUCCUUAACCGCCGCGCAGCUCUGCCUUCUCGCCACGUCAGCGUUCCCGUGUGUGGCACACGCCGCCUCAAGGAGCGAACCCCUUCGUGCUUCGCAGCCCGUCUGCCAGAUCGACGGCCGAGAGAGCGCCUUUUCUGCAUCAACGCCACGUGGCAGACAUCCAGCGAUUGGCUCUACGCGCGCAACCUUCGGCUCCUCGUCAGCGGAAAUGGCAGCGGAUUUGGCGGCGGGGAAUGCGGGGAGCGAGCGGGAGGAGCUUCCCGUUAUAUUCGUGUCGCACGGGUCGCCCAUGGCGGCGAUUGAGGAGGACGAGACGUCCGCCUUCUGGCAGCGACUGGGGAAACAGGUCGCUGACUUCCCUGGACUCAAGGCCAUCCUCGUUAUAAGCGCGCACUGGGAGGCGGACGGGCCGGCCAUCCGAGUGAACAGUGCCGCCCAGCCCGGCACUGUUCACGACUUCUACGGGUUUCCCCGCGAUCUGUACUCGCUACAGUAUCCUGUCAAGGGGUCGCCUGAACUAGCCCAACGUGUGGUGGAGCUCCUCUCGGCCAAUCACAUCAAAGCUGAGCUGGACCCCUCCCACGGGCUCGACCACGGCGCGUGGGUCCCGCUGCGCUGGAUGCUGCCACGUGGCAGCAUCCCAGUGGUCCAGAUGUCUCUGCACGGCGGCAGUAGCAGACAAGUGGGGAACGCAAUAACAAGUAUGCAGCGCCACGUGGAGCUGGGCCGGGCUUUGAAGCCGCUCAGGAGGGAGGGGGUGCUGGUGCUGGCGAGUGGCGGCGCAGUGCAUAACUUAAGAGACAUCGGGCCUUACUUCGGGACUAAGAAGGUGGCGUCCUACGUGGCGCCCUUUGAUUCGCUGCUGGACGAGGCAAUCGCCAAGGCCAAGUCAGACGAGGACAUGCUGAGCCGCCUGCUGGCUCUGGCAUCCCACCCCCUGCUGCCCAAAGCCCAUCCCACCAUCGAGCACCUGCUCCCUCUCUACGUCGCUGCUGGCGCUGGCACCGGUGCUGGCGAUGCCACCCCGUACACCGCCACUGAAGCAGCUUCUAGUGAGGAUGGGAAUGCCUCGAGAGAAUCCAAGCCGUCCGUUGCCCCGCAGAAGCUCUUUGACAUGCGAAUCUGGACGCUCAGCAACGCUGCUUUCAACUUUGGGCACAUGCCCAAGCCGGAAAAGUUAGCCGCAUCUGCAUAGGGCUUUCUCGCGUGUGUGCAUGCAUGUACUGUACUGAGUGCAUUCUUGAGUUUUUUCUAGGCACACAAUGCUGUGUACCACGUGUGUUAUCCUCUUUUGUGCAAUCGCUGUAGUGUGAUUUGUUUUGCUGUGUUGCAAUGUGCUUUUAUAAUUACAGGCUUUUUAA